AUUUUAUGACUAUCCUGAAAAUGGUGUUGACAAGCUGAAGGAGAACUGGGAUGUCAUCAUCAUCAACAACAGGUUGAACUGGAAGAACAACACAGAAGCUGAAUAUAAAAAGAGGAUAAAGAGAUCCCUUAGUCUAGUCAAGUGUUCUUGUCCUUUCUUUAAGUAGACUUCAGGAAUAGUUCGCCAGGCUUCUUGAAAGACAUUCAAAGCUCCUCUCGGCAUGUUGGCUCCCUUUUGCAUAGCCACCACCAUGUUUUACAGAUAGCUUUAGACACUCACUGCUUUACCUCUCCUGACCUCUUGUGUACAAAUGCAUAAUGAUUUAAACUAAGAAUUUCAAAUUUGAAAUCAUCACUCCAUCAGACCUGUUUCCACUGGUUUUCAGUCCAGUGCUUGUGUAAUUUGUCUUUUCUCCCUGUUGCUCUUCUUUAAGAAUGGUUUCUCGACAGCCACCCUUCCACUAAGACCAUUGAGCUUUGAUGAACAGUAGAUGGAUCAACUGAACCAUCUUUCAUCGACUACAUGUAGCCACAACAUUUGUUUAUCCCUUGAGUUAGGUGAAUGAUUGAUAUGCUUGAUGAAUUCAUAGGUCAGUGGUAAGUGGCUUAACAAACAAAGAAAACUUUUUUCUUUAAACUGUAAGGAACCAGGACUGGAUUGAAGAUGAGUGAAAAAAAAUAGUUUUCAAAACACAUUGAAAGACCUUCGAAGAGGUUGGAGAACUAUACCUCAAGAUCACUUUAUACUCUGAUUUCUUGGAAGCAAAAUAUAAAGAAAUGAGAGGUGAGUCAUGACUUUUGCACAGUACUGUAUCUGUCUGGAAGAGUAGCAUCUGCCAUAAAUUAUUAUUAUUAUUAUUAUUAGUAGUAGUAGUAGUAGUAGUAGUAGUAAGGGCAGUAUGUAUUAUGUCAUUAGUGUAUAUCAGCUUUAAGCAACCCCUAACACAAUCUCUCUUUCAAACUAUAGGAAGCUGCUGAGAUAACAGAAUUUCUGUCGUAGUUCAUGGCUGGUUUCUGUAAAUGCUGCUGAAGUUGAACAUUCUUAUCAGUAAGUUUAAAACGUUAACCUCAAGCAUAAGCACAUUUAUGCACAUGCAAAGACAUUACUCUCUUGAGGGUGCUUGUAAUGUUUAAUUUUUCUUUGUCAUGAUGACAGCACUAAAAAGAUCUUACUUACCAUCCUUUUGAUCUUCUUAUUGUCAUUCCAGGUCACGCUGCCAUGUCACGACAGCUUGUGUGUGUGUGUGUGUGUGUGUGUGUGUGUGUGUGUGUGUGUGUCUGUGUGUGUGUGUCUGUGUCUGUGUCUGUGUGGGGGGGUGGUGGUGAGCAGGUUAGACCUUGAGAUAACACUGAUAUUCUUCAUGGCCAGAUGUUAUAAAACUAGAAAAUCACAUGCUCACAGGAACUACAGACUGGUAACAAAUUAGAGAAAAAUCCAACAUCAAGAGUGUUAAAGUAGCUUAAAGAUAGCCUGGUACUGGUUCUACAGUUAUCUGACCAUAUGCAAUAACGCUCUUCUAUAAGAUAGUCCUGCAUUUGGUGUUUAUGAUGGCGGUGGAGAGGACGGUCUUACAUGGUGGUCCAAAAUCUCCCAUAGAUGUUGAUUGAGUGCAUGUGACUGUGAAAGCCAUAAAAUAUAACUGACUUCAUUUUCAUAAUUAUCAGAGCAGUUCAGUGACCUCUUGUACCUUGCAGAUGCAGGCACAAUCACCUGGAGAAUACUAGUCCAAUCAGGUCAGAAGUAUUUCAUCAUAGGGUAAUGGAGAUAACUUAGAACAUGGUAAUUAUAGUCAUUUAAAGUGACCCACCACUCUGAAGGGGACCAGGGGACCCAGACCUGAAGUUCACAGCAAAUCAGAGCUACUGGAUACCCGUAUCAUUGGAGGUGGGGUGUCUUUGAAUUUGUCACAUGUCUACUCCUUACAUCUUUCAUCUUAAACACACACACACAGAGACACACACACACACACACGUGAUAUGGACUUUGGACUUUGAAAACUAAUUAGUCAAAAGCACAGCAAGUUUUCACAUUCAUUCGCUCACACUUUGCCCACACAGUCCGACACACGCACACACACAAACACGCAGUCGGGCACAAAUCAGUGUUUGGAAAUUCUUGUUUGGUCUUGAGAAGUGUGUUAAAGGGGAUCUGCAGAUACUGCUUUGUAGGAUCAUCCCUUCAAAAAGGAGUCAUCACCAAAUCCAAAGUCAUGUGGUCCGUCUUGGCCUUGCUGCUUGCCCUCUCCAGUGGAGCCAUGUCUCUGGACAAACUGAACAUGUGUAUGGAUGCAAAACAUCACAAAACAGAGCCUGGCCCUGAGGGACAACUGUACCAGCAGUGCUCUCCAUGGCGAGAUAAUGCAUGCUGCACAGCCAACACCUCUGCAGAAGCCCAUGACGAUGCUUCCUAUCUCUACAACUUCAACUGGAAUCACUGUGGUAUUAUGAGCAAGGAGUGCAAGAAACAUUUCAUCCAGGACACUUGUUUUUAUGAGUGCUCACCACACUUGGGACCCUGGAUACAACCAGUGGAUCAGAGCUGGCGUAAGGAGCGCAUCUUAGAUGUGCCUUUGUGUAAGGAGGACUGUGAAACCUGGUGGGAAGACUGCAAGAACGAUUACACCUGCAAAACUAACUGGCACAAGGGCUGGGACUGGAGCUCAGGUAUCAACAAAUGCCCUGAAGGCAGCAAGUGCAGUAAGUGGACUGAUGUUUUCCCCACACCCAAAUCCAUGUGUGAAGAAAUCUGGUCCAACUCUUAUAUCUAUACCACGUACACCAAAACCUCUGAGAAAUGCAUGCAGCUCUGGUUCACCGGCACAAACCCCAACAAGAAGGUUGCUGAGUACUACCUCAACAAUGGGCAGCAACAGCAAAGCUCUGCUCUGCCAACACUGCUCUUCCUGGCUGUCACAUCUCUCUCUGUAAUGAUUCAUUAAAAUUAAUGUUUCUCAGCAUUGCUGUAUCACCUUAAAUUAAAACGGAUUUCUUACACCUUUC